AUGACGACCAAACAACCCGUCUCGUUCGACGCCAUCAUUCAGGCUGACCGUCAGAAGAAAAAGCACGAGGAUCUGGCAAAUCAACUCCUCGGAAAGAACCGCAGAUCAAGCGCGCCAGGCUCGGGCUCUGGUGCCGGCAAGAAAGCGCAGAACAAAGCACAGAGUGUGAAGCCUGGAAGCUUAGCAAGCAGGAUUGGAGUAGCUAAGCGCUCCGUGUCAGCGACCGUGCAACCCAACAAGAACAAGCCUGCGCCUACUACGAACAACAACCGGACGCGCGGCAAAGCCAGCAAGAAGGAUCGCGUAAAUGCGGAUCAGCUCCGGGCAGCUUUCCAAUCCGAGAAUGGCCUAGGGAACGCCCGGCCAGGCAACUUCUCACAGAAUAGCCGUCUCUCCGGUGGCAGCAACAUGGCCAUCAAGGGUGCCUCGGGCCCAUUCUUUGUCGUCGGAAGGAACUUUGCGCCAGGGACAACAGCUGCCGACAUCCAAUCUGCUCUAGAGCCAGUAACAGGACCUAUGCUCAGCUGCCAGAUAGUAGCAAGCCAACCGAGUGUUGUGGCGGAAUUCGCAUAUGCGGAGAAGACGGCUGCAGAGCUGGUGGUUGCCAAUUUUCACAACCAGAGGGCUGACGGGAGAAUUCUCACAAUGACUCUUAAAUCGACGAGGGCUGCAACUCACCAAGAUCCCUUUAGCGCACUCCGGGCACAAGCUGAUCAGGAACGACUCCGAGCCCAUCGUGGCCCAGGCUAUGUGAGCGACUUGCUAGGCGAGAACCGGGGAAACUCGCAGACUGGCUUCUACAGUGAUGAAAUGAUGGUCGAUGCGCCGGCGCGGAACACCCAGAAGAACCAGAAUCCACGGAAAUGGCGUCGUUAA